AAAAGUUAAUUUAAGAAGUUCUUAUCACUUUAGUGAAACUCAUAAACUAAUUUAUAUUAUAACACUAAAGUUUGUUUUGUACAAUGGAGUUAAACAAAUUAAUAAGAAAAAAAGAAAGAGCAGAGGAUGAAAACAAUCAGCAAAUGGUAGCCGAAAUGUGUCAUAAGCUAGGAGAUCACUAUAUAAAUGAAUCAAAAUUUAUGGAUGCUUUAAAGGAAUUUCGACAAGAAUCCAUCAUAUGGCAGUCAUUAGACAAGAAAAUGGAAUACGGAAGAGCUAAUCGAAUGAUUGGUGAAGUCUACAUGCUGCUUGAGCAAUUUGAUGAUGCCCUAAAGUUUGUUAAUUUAUAUCAAAAGAUUGCAAAACAUGAAAACAACUUAGUAGAAAUGCAAAGAGCUUAUGCAACAAUUGGACGUUGCUACCUUCUUAAAGGUGAUUCAGAGAGUAUUGAGAGUACAGAGAGCUCUAAUAAAGGAUCCUACAUAAAAUCUGCAGAGAAAUCUUUCUUGAAAAGCCUCAUCAUAAGUAAAGAACUUGGUCGAAGUGUUUCGAAGUGGGAGUUAGCUGAUAUGCAAGCAAGACUUUAUCUAAACCUUGGCAUAGUUAAAGAACAAUUGCAAGAAAGCGAUGAAGCAAUAAGUUUCUACGAAACAGCAAUCAAACUCAGCAGUUCGAAUGAUCUUCAUGAACUUCACCACAAGUGUUUAAUGAAUUUAAGUUUACUUCAUUCAUUACGAGAGGAAGAAAGUGUCAUUGCACUAAGUCUUCUGCAUUCAGCAUUAGAAGCUGCUAAAAGACUUUCAGAUAAAAAUGAAAAAGUCUGUGAAACUUUAUUACUUAAAAGUAAUUUACUUAUAAAAAAUGGCGAUUAUCAAAGUGCUAAACAAGCGUUAAAGAAAGCAUUUAGGAUGAAAUCAUCGAACAUUAAUGACAGUGAAACGAUAGAGAAGAAUCUACGAAUAGUUGUGAUUCUCUGUAAAUGUGAAGAUGAACUCAUCAUAACAAAUUCCUACGAUUAUUCAAAACGAAAAGAGCUUUUUGAGAAACUUGGCGAUUUAUCGUGUAAAUUAAAAAACUUUUCCAAAGCAAUUGAAUUCUAUUUAAAAACACUUGAAGUUGCUAAGCUUAAUGGUGAAGGUGAACGUCAAUUAAUUCCAAUUUACGUGAGUUUAUAUCAAACUUACAUUGAUUUGAAGCAAUACGACAAAGCUUUGGAAUUUGUGAGAAUGGAAUAUGAAGUGAUAAAAGACGAGCCAAAAGAAGCUUGCACAACUUUAAUAGGAAUGGGAAAUAUUUUGGAUCUUGCUGGAAAAGAUUUCUGGAAUAUUGACACGACAUAUCGAAAGGCGUUAAAAGAAGCGAGAAAACUUGACGAUAAUCAAGCAAUGGAGAAGAAUGUUCUACAGAAACUUGUAAAGCUUUGUAAAAAACGUAACAUGAUAAAUCUUGCAGAGUUAUUGGAACAAGAAGCAGCUGAAAAAGCGAUAACGUUAUCAGAUUACAAUGAAGAAAGCGAAUACAGCGAAGAUAUUAUUGAAAUCAACAAUGAAGAUAAUUUAGAACUUUUAUUGUCAUCUGACGCUGAAUCUUCCGAUACUGAGCAAAGUCGAGUAACGAGAACGCCUGGAAGUGCGACAAGAAGUAGACGUUCAGCAGUUCCAAUCAAAAAAAACGCAAAAGGUGAAACAAAACUUCACGAAGUUUGCAUCAAUGGCAAUUAUCAGCUGGCUAAAGUUCUUAUUGAGAAAGGUCAUGCAUUGAAUGUUCGUGACAAUGCGGGAUGGUUGCCGUUGCAUGAAGCUGCGAUUAAUGGUCAUCGAGAUAUUGUCGAACUUUUACUUGAUAAUGGAGCGCAGUUAGCAAUCAAUGACAAAGGAGGCACAAGUUGUGACGGUAUCACGCCACUCUACGACGCAGCUUCGAAUGGAAAUCUCAGCAUUGUUCAACUUCUGUUAGAUCGUGGAGCUAAAGCAACAGUGAAGACAGAUUUCAAUGAGACGCCUUUUGAUGCUCUUGUUCGUUGGUAUGACGAAUAUGGACGGAAAUUGUCUUCAACUGAGAAAGAAUUCUACGAUGAAAUUAAACAACGACUGCAAGAACAAUGCGAAAGAGUUGGAAUCGAUACGACAGCAACAAAACAUCCACAAACUGGUUCAAGUGGUUAUCAGAGCGCGCAUUCAAGAAGUUCUCAAUCGUCAUUUAAUCAGCGAAGAUAUUCAAAAAGAAAUGAAAGCAUUGAUGAGGAAUCAACGAAAGAAAAUGAAGACGAUGCUUGCAUUGAAUAUAAAAAUGUCAUGAAAAGAUUGAAACAUCCUUCGAAAGAAAAUCGUCAUGCGAUUGUUGAAACAAAUGAAAUGAAGAAACGAUCAGCACAUUUAACAGUUCAAGAUGUUGAUGAUGAUGAAUGGUUGGACGAUGACCUUAAACCAACAAAGAAAAAGCAGAAAACUUUUAAUGAAAAUUCAUUUGGCAGUCCUGAAAAACAAUUAAAAUCUGGAAAGUCUUUGACAAGGAAAUCUUCAAGUUUGUUAAUUGAUUCUGAUUCUGAAGAUGUUGAAAUUUUUGCUUCUCCUAAAGUUUCCGAUGCUUUUGAUCUUGUGAUGAAUGCUGACACUUCAAAGAAAUCUAAAAGAAGAAAUUCAAGUUCAAAACUUCCAAAAAGUUUGUCAUGUCAACCCUCGGUUCUUGACGCCGGUUUUGCUCGUUUUGUUGAAUUUAAUUCAAAUCAUAAAUCACCUUCGAAAUCACCACUUAAAUCAUCUCAUCAUUCAUUCUCAAAUGAAAGUUCUUUUAAUCGGCCACCUCAAGGAGAAAAGCAACUAAUAAUAAAAGUAAAAGUUGAAGAUGAGAAGAUUAUCGUGCCUGUGAACAGAGACAUUAUCGACGACUUAAAAAUAAGUUGGCUUGCCGAAGAGACUGCUAGAAGAUAUUAUUGCCUUAAAGGCAUCAGACCCGAGCUGAAACUAAAGACUUUCGAUGGUGCGACUCUUCUCCAUAGCGAUCCAGUCUCUUUAAUUUUAAGUUUAGCGAACGAGAAUUUAAUUGACUCGGAAAUUUUGGAUUGGAAGCUUCCGUCAUUAGCUAAUCGCUAUCUCGAAGCAUGCUCAGAGUUCAAAUGCCCUGUCGAUUCUGAUCUAAAUGAAUUGCUUGACUUCAAUCCUUCAGCUAUUCAUCUUGAUUUGUCAAACCAGAAUUUUAAUUCAACGAACGUUAAAGCAGUUUUCAAAGCUCUUCAGCAUCAAACAUCACUUCUUCAUUUAGAUUUGUCAAGUAAUUUUCUUCAAAAUGAUGGAAUUAAAUUACUUUCAAACACUUUAACAACAUUGAGACAAUUGAAUGUGUUGGAUCUCUCUGGUAAUUUGAUUACCGACAAUGGAGUUGAAAUUAUGUGGAAUGCGAUGUUAAAGAGCAAGAAUCCAAGCGAAAUACGACAAUUAAAAUUAAAUUUCAAUCCCAUCAACUCGAGUUCGUUGAGGUUCAUUAGCAAGAUUUGUCAGUGCAAGAAUGUUAUUUCCCUGUCACUUGUAGCUUGUGGUUUAACAGACGCAAAGUGUUUAGAGCAGUUGAGUUCUGUGAAAUCUCUUGACAUUGGUUACAAUAAACUCACUGUUGACGGACUUAAGGGAUUCCUGAAACGAAUUAACCCAGGCAUCAUCGAGACGUUGAACUUCGAACGAUGCACUACCGAAACCGAUAUCGGUGACGCACUCGUGCAAUUUAUCAACACGGGAUGUUGUAUAAGUUUGAAGGAAAUUAAUUUCGCUGGAAUGAAUUUCAAUGAAAAUGAGAUUCUCGAUCUGCUUAGAAGUUUAGAUAAAUGUGAACAUUUGAAAAGCUUAGAUCUUUCUCAUCAGAAGCAGCUUACCUUCUUAUCACUGAAAUAUAUUCUCUUCAGUAUGGAUAGUCAAAGUCUUGAAAGAAUCAAACUUAUUGGGUGCAUGAACCUACACAAUCUGUCAAAUAUUUUCAAUCUUCAACAUGUUGAAAGAGAGCGAAGAUGUCACUUAAAGAAUAUUCAAUUGUCAAUGCCAAUAUCUUCGGGUGAAUAUGGAACAAGAAAUAAAUUCAAAGAAAAGAUGAAAGAAAUUUGGGAUAUUGUGACGAUAUACAAAGGAAAUGUUGAUAACGAUAGUAAGCUGCUUUAUCUCAUUCAAAACGACGAACAAUAGGAAUAGCAACAAGUAAAGUGAUUUCAUUUUCUUUAACUUUUCUUCAUAGGGUAACGAAGGAUAGAAAUUUUUAAAAAGCGUCCUUAAAGCAUAACUGUCUAAGGUGGAUUUUCCCUUAAUUCAAAUAAAGUCUACAAUUCGAUGUUCUACCCUAAUUUGUGUCACAAAAAAUGUCAUUAGUUAAAUAAAGAAAAUUGAAAGACGUAAAUUGGUUGCAAAUAAAUAAAAUGACGACAAGCUUAAAA